AUGUCCGCACACUCCACUUCUUUCCCAAUGUCUCUGUCACUGCAGCACACAACGUAUCUUGAACAUUACAUGCAGACCCAGGAGGCAGCCAAAUGCUUCGAGGAUGAUCUCGACUUUUGUCCGAGUCUAACUGCAUCCGAGCUAUCAGAAAGAGCGUCUGAAUACGCCUCUGCUCAUGCCAGAAGGAGAGAAGCACGAUGGUCGCAACUGGAUCAUAGCAGCCCCCUAGCAUCGCCUCGAACACCAUCCCAAUGUACCGUCAGCGGCAGAUUCCCUCCUACCUCGAAAGCAAUUGCGAUUGUUGACCCAGCCAGCAAAGCACCCGUACAGCUCCCACCACCAGGGUUUCCAUCGAGCAAAGCAUGUUCAACUAGCCCCUCCAUUAUAACACCAUCCAGGCACGGUUCCAUCAGCUCAGUCAGCUCAGUCAGCUCUGGUGGAGAUACCAUGUCGCAUAUUGAUGCCCAGGACACAUCUCUGCUGGAUUGGACAAUGCAACAACAACAACAAGACCAACAGAUGCUUCAGAUGCAACAGCUGCAGUUCUUGCAGCAGCAGCAACAGCAUCAGCAUCAGCAUCAGCAUCACCAUCAGCCAUUCGCGUGUGAUAUGAUGUUUGCACCCUCUGCCGCUGCCCAGGGUCCAUUCUUUGGUCAGGACAUGUCCUCAAGGGGCAUGUUCUAUCCUUCGAAUAAUGGAGUCUAUUCGCCGCCCUCAAGAGCGACUUCCAGGAUCCCGAUCGUGAAUCCAAACAAUGGUAGCACUGUCUCCCUCUCCGAGGCACCAGUAGCACCCAUGCCAGCGAUGCCAGCCUGGCAUCAUCCCCAGUACUUUGUCUCUGUCCGAUAA